GUGAACAGUUUUAGACCCUUUUCCGCACCAAAGUUUGUUGUGAAAAAACAUGACACAGGCAUCAAUUUUUAUCCAUGGCACUCUGCUAUCUUGUGCUAUUAGAUCAUAUAUGUCAUCCAGAAUGAUUAAGAUUAUAUCGAAGUUUGGUUUUGCUUCCAAAUUUCGACGCUUUGCCUUUCCUGGUGUCUUUCAGCGAAGUUCUAUGUUCGUGCCCUUCUCACCCGUUCACAAUUUUCAUAGCAGACAUCAACUGUCGAAUCAGUGGAUGCAGAGUCGUCGAUCUAGCAGCGGUGCGGACUGGGGAGGAGAUGGGGAACGACAGCGACAGAGAUUUCCCAUCAAACUAAUGGACUUUCCACAGAUAACAAUACCUAGUCUUGUUAAAUCUUUCCGGAAUAGAUUUUUCAGUUUUUUGAUUAGGGGCUACUACGAUACCAGUUUUACUUUAGACGGAUUUUUAGAAGCAGCCACUCAGGCUGCUGUAUAUAUCUCAACUUGCAUAUCCAGAGGAGAUUUCUCUAAGCUGAAAGGCCUUGUUGUGGACGAGGCCAUUCAAGAGAUUCAGAAUAAUUAUGCAGACCUCAACUACCAGCAGAGGAGAUGGUUGCAAAUAAUACCAUCAGAAAUCAUUGGGAAGUUUGUGUAUGAAAUUGGAAUGAUGUUUGAUGAUGACACAGACAAGCGGUUUGUAGAAAUCACGAUUGUCCUGCAUUGUUACCACGAUCUAGACAAGAUGGAAGGGGGCUUAUCCGAUCUGUACACCAGACUCGGCGAAAACCCUGAGAAGUUCUACGUCUGCAACUACAGGUUCAUCCGUGAGUUCACUAAAGGAGUGGAGGACUCGUGGACCAUCAACAAACUGAAUCAUUUCUUGCCGUUCGUUCAGCCAGAUGAACAGACCCAGUGAAACAGCCUAUGCGCGCACAUUGAGCGCGUGAGCGGGUGGUUUGCCCCUGAACCCUUUGAUCACUUCACAGGUCGUCUGCACGUGCGUCAGUGAACUUUGGCGAGGUGCAGACGUAACCUUUGUACUCCGCUAACCUAGAGUUGAUGACAGAUUUACGAUUUCCAGUGGAGGAAGAAACCUACACUGUUUAGGGCCAGAAUAUUCUUCAUAUUAGUAUUAUUAUUGUUGUUCCCGUUUGUCCUUCGCUGCUGACUUGUGCACUGUGCACGAGAUGCUUGAACUGUUGUCACUCCUUGGAAAAUCCUGUGCUACCCAGUGUUGGUCGCCUCCUGUUGAGUUCUGCUCCCGAAAAGGCAUCAUGGCAGUGAUGCGAAGCUUCCAGAUAGGUAUACAAAGCAAGUGAUGUAGGCAAAGAGCGAGAGCUCCGACGUAACUAUAAACAAAAAUAAGGCACGUGGCUUCACUAUUUUUUCAAUGUAAUAUGACAAAGGAAUACCACAUGCACAGCUUUAUCACAUGUCUUCUCUAAAAUGAGAAAAAUGGCGAGGUGUCGACUAGUUUUAAAAAAAGUGACAAGUAUAUGUUUAUUUCGGGACAUGCCCAUUUUAGGCCUAAUCAUGUAGACAUUUUUGUGAAGAGCUAACUCUUUCAUUUUUUGUUUCAUUUGAAAUUUAUAAUACUAAUUUCCAUCGGCGAAUGGACAUUUUUAAAAUUUAUAUGCAUCAUGCUGAUCGUAUUUACCUUGAAUAUUAUGGCCUUAGUUAACGAUUUCUGCUCCGAGGUAAUUACUCAUUAUAAGACGAUGGCCUGACUCAAAAGCCCGGCAACAAUAAAAGAUGAUAAACUUAAUAAUCGGCAGCUUCAAGAACGUCGACAGUUAAAGGUGAAAAGAAAAUUGUCUCCCUUUCAGCCCUCGGGCGGCGUUGAGCUACAGACCAGUGACGUAAUGAAAACGAUGCUCAGCAGACGUUUACUGAAAUAUAAAAAUAUUGCAUAGAUAAUAAAGUGGAUUGCUGGAGAAAAAC